AUGUCAAAGUUUGGAUACCCUGAAAGAUUCAUCCUAAUGAUAGGUAAUUUCCACGACGGCAUGAUGGCUCAUGUUUUGGACAACGGAGAAGCUUCAGAGGCCUUUCCUGUUACAAACGGCGUCAAGCAAGGGUGUGUGCUGGCACCGACCCUGUUCAGCAUAAUGUUUUCAUGCAUGCUGUCAGACACCUUCCAGAACAGUCCCUUGGGAGUUAGCCUGAGGUACAGGACCAAUGGGAAACUGUUCAACCUGAGAAGACUCCAGGCUGUCACCAAGAUAAAGGAGACUGUGCUACGAGACUUCCUUUUUGCUGAUGACUGUGCUCUGAAUGCUGGAUCAGAGAAGGAAAUGCAAGCCAGUGUGGACAAAUUCACAGCAGCAUGCCUCCUCACCAACAUAAAGAAGACUGAAGUGAUGCUUCAACCAGCUCCAAAAGCCCAACCCCAAGAGCCUACCAUCACAGUGAAGGGACAAAAGCUGCAAGCAGUAGAAUAA